UGGCGGCCGGGCGCGAGCGGCUGAGCGCGCCGCCUCCGCCGCCUCCUGCCGCCGCUGCCGAGCCGGAGCCCGCGGGCCCGCUGCCCAAAUAGCCGCCCGGCCCUGCCCGGCCCUGCCCGCUCGGGGAGCGCCCCGGCCAUGGAGCUCGCCAAGCCGGCCUUCCCCGCGCUGCCGCAGGCCAAAGAGGACUCUGAGGAUUGGACCUAUCCCAUGAGGAGAGAGAUGCAGGAAAUUUUACCUGGGUUAUUUUUAGGCCCAUAUUCUUCAGCUAUGAAAAGCAAGCUACCUACACUUCAGAAGCAUGGCAUAACCCAUGUGAUAUGCAUACGGCAAAACAUCGAGGCAAACUUCAUUAAACCAAACUUCCAGCAGUUAUUUAGGUAUUUAGUCUUGGACAUUGCAGAUAAUCCAGUUGAGAACAUAAUACGAUUUUUCCCUAUGACUAAAGAAUUUAUUGAUGGAAGUUUACAAAGUGGAGGAAAAGUUCUUGUCCAUGGAAAUGCAGGGAUUUCUAGAAGUGCCGCCUUAGUCAUUGCAUACAUAAUGGAAACGUUUGGGGUGAAGUACAGGGAUGCAUUUACUUACGUGCAAGAACGAAGAUUCUGUAUCAAUCCCAAUGCUGGUUUUGUCCACCAACUUCAGGAAUAUGAAGCCAUCUACCUAGCAAAAUUAACCAUCCAGAUGAUGUCACCGCUGCAGCUGGAGCGAUCCCUUUCCGUUCCACCUGGUACUACAGGAAGCUUGAAGCGAAUGCACGAGGAGGAUGAGGAGCUUGGAACCAUGCAAGUGGCAGCAGCGCAGAACGGAUGAGAGUGAGGACCAGCACUGGUUGUACUGCAAACUCCUGCCAGGAAAGGUGAAGGAAACUAGGGAAAACCCCCAACAGCCAGAAGUGAGAGCAAGGUGAACUCCCACAUGCACACAGAGUGUCUGUUCAGUGACAUGUUGCUUUCAGACGUGGAUCUGCCUCUGAACACACUAAGCCUCAUGUUCCCACGGUGGACUGCUCGGGUGACUAGAUGGCACUGAUUGUUUUACCCCUUUUUUACACUUUACAGUUUUAUUCUAAACCAAGAUUUUUUGGACUUGCAAAGAGGUAUUAUUGCAAUAAUGCACUUUUCAUACUUGAAAUUUCUUUAUUUGUAUGAUAUAAAGUUAUUACUUUAAACAAAAAUGCAAGCUGGUGGGAGGGGUUUGUUUAUAAAGUUAUUUGUGUAAUUUAUAACAAGAGACUUUAGUAAAGAAAAAGUUUGCUACAACUCA